GGUGAAGGCAACAAAGUUUUACUGGACUAACAAUCAUACUUUUUAUAAUGGUAUUUACAACAAAAUGGAAUACCAUAUCGUUUGUGAAGCGAUGUUGGUUUUGUAAAAUCUUCAAACCACACCAAGCGACAAUGUGAACUAUUCAAAAAUGCCAGGUAUUUUUGUUCAAAAUGCCAAAUAUAUGGACACCGUGAUAGAGAUCACCAGGAAUUCCCGACAAUCCAGCAAAAUUUCGUGAGAUCAACCAAAUCUGCUUCGACACAAACAAAACUUUUAGAAUCAAAUGAGCGAUCAAAGCAACAUAAUAAAUAUUGCCAAACAGCAACUGUGAACAUGGAUAUUUAUAAAUACAACAUGGACAACUACAAACGUAUAGAGAGCGAAUUAUUUGGACAGAAGAAUGGAAAUCGAAUAUACAAAGAACGCAUCCAGACCCUACAAUCACAGAACAAUAACAUUUCAGCUGUGAUUAAAGCUCAAGACGUACAUAUCCAAGAAUUACAAAAGGACUUACAGGAAUAUUCUGAUCGCACAACUAGGGAUGAUCAAACCAUCUCCAAACUGAAAUCUGAUCUGACGGAUUCUGAGGUGAGAAUAAAUGUAUUGACAGCUUCCUGUGAUAAACAUCUAAAUACAAUCAUUGAUAUCAAAAAUCAACUCCAGGAACAAUCUGAAACAAUGGAAAUCUACGAAACCGUGAUAAAAACGCAGCAGGAAAAAUUGGAUCAAAUUAUUACUCGAACGGGAACAACUGAAACCACAACAAUAUGGAAACAAUUAGGAGAACAUCUAUUUUAGAAAGGAAAGACACCAAAUCAUCACAAAGCCAUACUAUUUGAUGUUUGAUUUGAGGAUAUGCUUCGUUUUGACCUACAACUACAAGAGAUGUGUAUUAACUUCUGCAACAGAUGCAUAUUUACUAUAAUAUGAUAAUUUGGAACAACUUUUAUCUUCACUGAUCUUCAAUUGACUGUCAUGACAUCAGAUAUACAUAUAUCGUUAGUGACUAGCCUUUUACCACAAUGUGCCAAUCAAACCUAUUGAGUAAUCAAUCUUCAUGGUGU